GCGAAUAGUAAUGGCAAUUCACUACCCCAUAGCGAAAGGCCAGACGGAGUAGUGAUGGCGGGCGGCGCGCAGCGAUGCGGCGAGGGGGGGGAGGGGGGGAAUGUUUUGACGGACUGGACAGGGGGUCAGGCGGCCACUGCUACUCUGAUCCUGGCAUGGGCGCUUACGGUCGGCGCCAUGGGGGCAGCUCUCGCAUUGCUGUCUUAUUACUGGUGCUAUCCCCGCAAGCUGCUGCUGCUCUCCCUCCUUUUCUCACCCAGGUCCAAGAAACGCAAUCGCGUUAUCGGGAUAAUUCCCGCUCGGUACAUGUCGACACGUUUCGAGGGCAAACCUCUGGCAAUGAUUCUCGGGAAGCCGAUGAUUCAAAGAACAUACGAGCAGGCAAAGCGCGCCAAGUGUCUGGAUGAUCUGGUUGUCGCGACUGACGACUCGAGGAUUGCACUUUGCUGCAAGGCGUUCGGCGCCGACGUGGUUUUGACCUCGUCAAACUGUGCAAAUGGGACAGAACGCUGCAAUGAAGCCCUAAAAAAGCUGCAUAAGAGGUAUGAUAUCGUUGUAAACAUACAAGGGGACGAGCCCCUGAUGGAGCCAGAGAUCAUUGAUGGGGUCGUUAAGGCACUGCAGAAUGCACCGGAUGCUAUCUACAGCACAGCUGUGUCGCCGCUACAGCCCAAGGAUGCCCAUGACCGGAACCGAGUUAAGUGCAUCGUUGAUCGCAAUGGCUAUGCAAUCUACUUCUCCAGGGCCCUGAUUCCGCACAGCAAGACCGGCACGGCCAGCUGCACCUUCCCUUACCUUCUCCAUCUGGGUUUGCAGUGCUACGAUGCAGACUUUCUCGACGUGUACUGCCAGCUGAAGCCCACCCCUCUGCAGAUGGAAGAGGACCUGGAGCAGCUGAAAGUUGUCGAGAACGGUUACAAAAUAAAGGUGAUCACGGUGCACCAUGACGCGCACGGCGUCGACAGCCCAGGCGACGUGGCAAGCAUCGAGGAGAUCAUGCACAGAAAAGGCAUUUCAUGACACAUUGGCGUGCGCCGAAAGAGGGACAUCAUGAACGAAUGGAAUAGUGCUCUCGCUUGUGCAGAGAACGAGACCGAUUUUUGGCUGUAUCCUCAGAAAUCGUGUUUCACAAUUCGCCAUGAUGAAGGGAAGAGUAGUGCUCGUUUGUGAAGAGAACGAGACCGAAUCUGACCGAUUUGGGGGCGAGAGAGAGGGAGUUAGAGAGAGAGAGAGAGAGAGAGAGAGAGAGAGAGAGAGAGAGAGAGAGAGAGAGAGAGAGAGAGAGAGAGAGAGAGAGAGAGAAGAGUUUCAAUUUUGUUUUGCAAUGCGGGAGUCGCUGCCACUGGCAGUUUUUCAUUCCAUAGGGGUGUGGAUGGGAUGGUAGUUGAGAGACGGGAGCAGGAGUCGGAACAGAGAGAGACGAUGGAUAACCCGGCAGAGGACGGUGAGAAACAGAAAAGAAAAACAAUAGGUAGGUGGUAACACUGAUUUCGUGGCUGCUCUUACACGUAUCCCUCAUCCGAAUGUAGACACAAUCAUCGGUAGCAUGCAUGCAACCAUCGUACAAGUCGCUCUGCUCUCCCAGUCCAGUUGUACAUCUACGGAUUGUCUUACCUCUGCACAGUUUGCUUCUUGCAUAAUCCGUUCAGUCCGUAUCGUAAAUACCCACGUAUUAUUCUUGCGAAUGAACGUAGACCCGAUAUCAUCACUAUCCGUCGGAUUGUCAUGCACUCGAUGAUAGCGGAACCUAUAGAAGACUAACACCCACCAUAAGCCCUCACGAGUAACAGAGUGAGGUUUCCGCGCAGGUAAGGGUGACAAACACCAGCCCGCAGUAACGGAGUAAGGCGAAUAGACAGAUGGCAGAUGAGAGAGAGAGAGAGAGAGAGAGAGAGAGAGAGAGAGAGAGAGAGAGAGAGAGAGAAUAGAAAAGACAGCAAGGAACAGCAGCCAGAACCACAGGCGUCGAUCGUGAGAAAAAGCGACAGGCAGGAGCCCGAGGUAGAUCACAGAGUGAAGCAGUGCGGGAGCAGCAACAUCACAACGAGUACAAUAGGCGCAAAGGGGAGGGAGGAGGCGGAAGGAGUAAGCGGCCCAGACCGCGGGGAGAUAGCAGUGUGUCCCGGAUUUUAAAGCACGGUCAGAGAGAGGCAAUGGAUUUUUAAGCACGGUCAGAGAGAGGCAAUGGGUUUCUAAGCACGGUCAGAGAGAGGCAUUCAUUGCCUUCACGGCCAUGUCAAGUAGUGUUUUAUGGCGCAUCUAUGCCAGCGAACAACAGUCUGACGAUUCAACAAAAUCCUUUUUGGUAA